AUGGCUUCAGGUACGACAAAGCAACCGUGUGUUAACUGUAAUAAAGGUGGAGGCGUCGCCACAUGUGGUGGAUGUCAACAAUGGUUUUGUGCAAAACAUUUCAACGAACAUCGACAAGAACUUUCGACACAAUUAGAUGAUAUCGGACAAGAGCAUGACCUACUUCAACGAGAUCUAGUACCAGAAAACACUACGCAUUCUCUGCUAUCUUACGUAAACAAUUGGGAGAAAAAGUCGAUUGCAAAGAUUCAAAUUGCUGCUGAAGAAGCUCGGCGAGAUUUAGAAGAAUAUCUUGCUCAUAGUAGACAACGACUGAAGCUAUACUUGGAUGAAGUCACUAAAGAAAUAAAAGCGGUUCGUGAAUCAGACGAUUAUACUGAAGCAGAGUUGACGAAAUGGAUGGACCAAAUGAAUAAAAUUCGAAAAAUGCUUGAAAAACCAUCGAAUAUUCGCAUCAUUGAUAAUAACGAUACGCAGUCGGCUAUUCAUUUAAUUGAAAUAGUCUAUACUGAGAUGACAGAUAGAAUAGUCAAGUCAGCAGAGCAAGCGCCAAUGGUACUAAGAUCAGGACAUAGUAAAUAUCAACUACCGAAUUCACUGGAGAAUACUUUUUACAACAGCGAAGAGCCGGCAAAAACAAUUUCGUCAGUGGCUAUGAGAGUAGGUGCACUUGUUGGUGAAUAA